AUGAACGUCGACACUCCCAGACGCUCGUUCGAGGAUAUGCCGUCGAUCAACGCGACCGCGGUCAACACGCCCGCGGGCCCGUCGCGCGCAGGCUCCCUAAGCGUCAAAGACAUCGAGAAGGGCGACACUUCCCCGGCGCCCACAGCCAAGGCCGACAAGGUCGAUGGCGAGGUCCACGUCCGUCCCGCUAAGACCAAGCACAUGACCGAGGCAGACAAGGUCGAGUACCUCAACCACCAGGUCGAGCAUGGCGAGCAAAAGUUCCACAAGCUGGGAUGGGUCCAGCUCGUCGUCAUCCUCAUCGUCGAGGCCAUUGCGCUCGGCUCUCUCUCCCUCCCUGCCGCUUUCGCCACUCUCGGUAUGGUUCCGGGUGUGCUCAUCACUGUGGGCAUCGGCAUGUUGGCCAUCUACACGUCCUACGUUAUCGGCCAAGUCAAGAUCAAGUUCCCCCAGGUCAAGCACUACGACGACGUCGGCCCGCUCCUCGGCGGCCCGGGCCUUCUCGGCAAGGUCUUCCGCGGCCUGCUGGCUUUCGGUUUCGUGGCGUACCUCAUUUGCCUGGUCGGCUCACACUGCCUGACCGGCACAAUCGCCUUCCAGACCAUCACCAAGGUCGACGUGUGCGCCAUUAUCUGGAGCGUAGUCUCCAUGGUCCUCCUCUUCCUCUGUGCGCUUCCCCCCUCAUUCGCCGAGAUGGCCGUUCUCGGCUACAUCGACUUUGUGUCGAUCAUCGCCGCAAUCCUCAUCACCCUCAUUGCGACUGGCAUCAAGGCCAACAACCAGGUCGGCUCGUUCGCGGCUGUAGACUGGUCCGCAUGGCCCAAGGAGGGCACGACCUUUUCGCACGCCAUGGUGGCUGUCUCCAACGUUGUCUUUGCCUACUCCUUUGCCAUCUGCCAGUUCUCCUUCAUGGAGGAGAUGCACACGCCCAAGGAUUUCAAAAAGUCGGUGUGGGUUCUCGGCAUCACCGAGAUUGUCAUCUACACCUGCACCGGGGCUCUCGGAUAUGCCUUCAUCGGAAAGGGCGUCAAGGCGCCCGCUCUCCUCUCUGCCGGCGACACGGUCUCGCGCAUUGCCUUUGGUGUUGCGAUUCCAGUCAUCAUCAUCUCGGGCUCAAUCAACACGGUCACAGCCGGUCGCUUUACCCUCGACAAGUUCUUCAGCAACUCGACAAUUCGCUACGUCUCAGACGCGCGCGGCUGGGCCGUCUGGGUUGGAUGGGCCGUCAUCGCCAGCAUUGUCGCUUGGAUCAUUGCCGAGGCCAUCCCCUUCUUCUCUGACCUCCUGGCCAUCAUCUCCGCCCUCUUCAUCUCGGGCUUCUCGUUCUAUGUGCCCGGCUUCAUGUGGUUCAAGCUUGUCAAGGAGGGCAAGUGGCACCAGGGGUGGCGCAACAUUGUGCUUUCGGUCCUCAACACCGUUUGUAUUGUCAUCGGCGUCAUCUGCCUCGUGUGCGGAACUUAUGGCGCCGUCGAGGACAUCAAGCUCUCGUACGAGCUUGGUACCGUCGGAACCCCCUUCUCCUGCAACAAGUCCUAG